CGGCCAACCGCCUGGUUUUGCCCAUUAGUAUUGUUUUAAGAAAAUGGCAGACAAGCCGGACAUGGGGGAAAUCGCCAGCUUUGAUAAGGCCAAGCUGAAGAAGACGGAGACGCAGGAGAAGAACACCCUGCCGACCAAAGAGACCAUUGAGCAAGAGAAGCAGAGUGAAAUUUCCUAAGAACCUGGAGGAUUCCCCACACCCCGUCAUUUUAGAGACCCCAGUCGUGAUGUGGAGGAAGAGCCGCCUACAAGAUGGACACACGAGCGACAAGCUGCACUGUGAACCCCAGGCACUCCAUGCCCAUGCCAUCGGCCUUUGGGUCUCCGAGGGGACCCUCCCAAUCGAACUGCCAAAUUCUCUGGUUUGCCCUGGGAUAUUGUAGAAAAUUAUUUGUAUGAUUAAUGAAAAUAAAACACCUCGUGGCAUG